UCUGUAAAGAACGUGGCUCACAUCUUCAGAUGGAGUAGAUUCAGCUGUUCCCACCCAACCCCAUGGUGCCCCCUGAAAGUGCUGAUCUAGAAGCAAGGGUGCUCGGUGUCCAGGACAUCUGUGUGGUUGUGGGGAUAUGAGAGGCUGAGACUUGGAAAGAGAUGAAAGGACAGAGCACCUGGGAGGGUCAGGAUGUGAGUUGAGGAGGAAGACCCCACGCAGUGUGGCCCUGGAGGGACAUUCUCCCAGGCACGACUCUCACAUAAGAAGCCACCAAAGUACAGCGGGUAGGUCAAAGUCUCAAACAUCACCGAGAUGAUGGACGCCAAGAGUCAGGCUUGUUCCAGUGCACUGCAAACGUGCAGCAAAGGUUUGGUUCAGAGAAAAAGUCACUGGAGAGAGCAAUUCUGAGAAUAUUGAGGCAGAAGCCAAAUGUGAGGAUGAGGCAACAGGGGAGGAAACGUGAUCAUGAGAUACGCUCCUGAGAUGAUGCUUGGACUCUGAUUGGCCAGUGACCCCACACAGGAAAAAACAAGCAGCCUUGAGCCAACUUGAUAACACUCAGAGCCCCACUGUCUUAAGGAGCUCCUGAGGGUGGCUCAGUGGUCCAGGGAGAGAGUGGACUUCUCCAAGAUCAGACUUCUUGAGAAGGCCCUUCCUGCUCUCACAGACAGGAUCCUGGGCUGACCCAGCGCCCAAGGUUAUUACAAGGUAUUGAAUACAGUUGCCCGUGCUACCCGGAGUGCCAGGAGUCACAGGACGGGGGCAUCCAACAGUCCUGCCGAGCCUGGAUCGCCUCACCAUGGACAAUUACUGCGAGACUCAUCAUUCCAGCCCGGAGGCUGCAGAGCCGGCUGAAGGGUCACACGACGUUGAGCACGUGGCCCUCCGGUCCCUCGCCGUGGUUGUGGCCCUUUGCGGACUGGUGGGAAAUGGAAUCGUGAUCUGGUUUGUCUGUCUGUCUCACAAGAAGACCUCCUUCCUCAUCUACAGCCUCAAUCUGGCCAUCGCGGACUUCAUGAACCUCGGCUUCCAGAUCCUGUUCUCUGUCCGCCAAAUCCUGAAGCCGUUCCUCCACCGUUGCUUUGGUCUUCACGCCCUCUUCACGGUCCUGAGGUGGUUCUUCUACCUCACUGGUCUGGGCAUCAUGACCGCCAUCAGCUUCCAGCGCUGUCUGUCCGCCCUCUUCCCCAUCUGGUAUCGGUGUCAUUGCCCCAAGCACCUGUCGGCCAUUGUGAGUGCGCUCCUUUGGAUUCUGACCUUUCUGUUAAAUACGCUGAGAGGUUAUGCCUGCGGCCAGCUAUUCACCAGGGAGGAAAAGUUCUGUGACGAAUUUAAGACUGCCACCGCCGUGUCGGUCUUCCUCCAGUUCUCCAUCCUGGGCAUAUCCAGUCUGCUGUUGCUCCAGCGAGUCCAGGCCAGCUCCCAGAAGCAUCAGCCCAGAAAGUUCCACCUGGUCCUCCUGCUCUCGUUCCUGGGCUUCCUCCUCGGCCUGCCCCUCAGCAUCAUCCGGUUCUGCACAACCGAGAAAAUUCACGUCUUCAAUGACAUCUGUGUUCUCUUGUCCUGCAUCAACAGCACGGCCAACCCUGCCAUUUACGUCUUCACUGGGAGCCUUCAGAGGGAGCGGUCGAUGGAGACCCUCAAGGUGGUCCUUCAGAGAGCCCUGGGUGAGGAGACGGAGGAUGCUGAGGACCAGAAAGUGACUCCAACUGGCAAGACGGAAAGCGUGGGCCUCUGAUGGAUGCGGGGGGGGAGCGGGUUCCCAGUGGAUCAGUGUCCCUACAGUCUUGUGGUGGUACCCAUGCCUCACUACCAGCAGGAGAGAGAUCCCCAAGUCAGCAUCCCCAAAGAGCUCCCUUACCAGCCUCCUUUCUGUGUAAAAACCGAGAACAAACCCCCAGAAGUAGGGGUGUGUGUGUGUGUGUGUGUGUGUGUGUGUGUGUGUGUAAGUGUGAAACCAAAUGCACAUGUCUGAGCCUUUUGGUUGUGUUCAUUCGCUCAGUCGUGUGCAACUCUUUGCAACCCCCUGGACUGUAGCCCAC